AUGUCAGCGACUCUUCCAGAUAUACCUAAAGGGGCGUGUUGGGACUUUGUUGCAAAUUUCAGUGACGAUUCAGUUGAGGAAUUGCGGAAUAAAUUAUCACACGACAAUAGCUGGAAAAGAGGGACUUAUGUAAUUGAUAUAAUAGUUCCUAUAAUUCGGGCCACACUAAAAAAUCUCCCAGUUGGAAAAUUUGGCUUCGUCAGCACUGCAGAGCAUCAAAAUACAGCUAGUAAAGACCAAAAGGGAGAUACUGGAAAAUGUCCAGAUAUUAUAUUCAUGCCUGGUCUCGCAAGGGGCGUGAAUCAGAUUGAAACGAGUUUUGGUAUUAUUGGAAUACAAGUUUCUGGAAAUAUGUUGCGUUUAAAUAUAGAUUCGGACAUACACAGACUUUGUCAGAUGCGUGAGGUUGAAAUCCCAAUACGGCAGACAAGUGGUGAUGAAGUGUUUGCGCUCUUUUCUAGAUCACAAAGGCGUGCCGAAAAAAGUUCUACUGUGACUUCACCUAGACAUCUUAUGGAAGAUUAA